GAGACUGUCCCUCCCUGAGUCCUCUCGUGUCCAACGUUAGGUAAAGGUAAACAGUCGGCCGCAGGGGUGCCAUUACGGUGACGCAGUGCCGCUGUCUGGGCCACUGUUACUCCAUAGUACAACAGGGAACACAUACACCACCAGCCUCAGUGUGACAGUGUGGCGCAGCUCAGGCAGCGUGGGAGCCAGCAGAGGUCCGUGGAGGCAGAGCUACCGGCGCACCAGCCCCCCACCCCACAGCUAUAGUGAUGGGGAAUAGCAUUUCUGCCGCCCAAAACACAGCCAGUGCCCUCACUGGCGGGGGAGGGGGAGCUGCCCAUGUCAUCUCUGAGUUCCCUUCACCCCAGCUUUCUGUGGACACCUCAGGCCAGCCUCCAGCAGAGUGUCCAAUGCACAGAGUCCCAGCAGCUCCGCCCUCCGAAUGCCCCAUGCAUAAUAAAGAUGUGGCUGCUUCCUCUGCCUCCCCUUCAGAAUGCCCCAUGGACAAAUCUUACCAACAGCAGAGCCUCCCAUCUGAGUGCCCCAUGAGUGGGGGUGCAGGGAAGGGCCCCGCCCACCAGGCAGGACUCCACUAUGGCACAGACCAUGCUGGAAAGUUUGUGGACAUCAACCCGUUGAACCAAGAGGCAUUCCCUAACCAGAAGCCAUCUCCUGACCAGCCCUUCGCCCUGCCCACUGAGAGACAGGUGUCAUCAAUUCCCAAGGCUGAUGCAGAAGGAGAAAACUGGGUGUACCCAUCACCACAGAUGUUCUGGAAUGCAAUGCUGAGAAAGGGCUGGCGCUGGAAGGACGAUGAGCUAUCCCAGCGUGACAUGGACCACAUCAUCCGCAUCCACAACAUUAACAAUGAGCUGGCCUGGCAGGAGGUGCGUGGUGCCAGAUAGACGACAACAUUAAUU